AUUUCCUUUUUCCCAAUUUCAAUUUCUGCCAUCUUUCCCUUCCGCUUCUGGCGGAGGGUUAUAAAUAGCUACGCCGCGAAGUCUACAUCCCUCCUUUCCUCCCUCCCUCCCUCCAGAAUCGCCAUUGAAAUCCAAUCCAAAUCGAAGGUCGAAUUCCAUUCUCCUCCAUUUCUCUCCCAUUUCUCCAUCCUCCUUCGAGAUCUGCAUUCCGCUUCUCCAGGUGAGAUUACCGCGGUUUGAGAUCCCGAAACCGGAGCCUGCUGCUGCGAUGACAAUGGCCAACGGCGGCGAGGUUCACCCUUCCGCUGCCAACGGCGGAGAGAAGGGCGGAACCAAGCCGUUCAAGAUCUUCGUCGGUUACGAUCCGCGCGAAGAUCUGGCGUACAAGGUCUGCCGACACUCCAUCCUCAAGAGAUCUUCCAUCCCGGUGGAGAUUCAUCCGAUCAUCCAGUCCGACCUCCGGAAGAGCGGCCUGUAUUGGCGGGAGCGAGGCAAGCUGGAGAGCACCGAGUUCUCCUUCUCCCGUUUCCUCACCCCGCACCUGGCCGAUUACGACGGGUGGGCAAUGUUCGUCGACUGCGAUUUCCUCUAUCUGGCCGACAUCAAGCAGCUCCUCGAUCUGGUGGACGAUAAGUACGCCAUCAUGUGCGUCCACCAUGACUACACCCCGAAGGAAACCACCAAGAUGGAUGGCGCGGUUCAGACCGUUUACCCAAGGAAGAACUGGUCCUCAAUGGUGCUCUACAACUGCGGGCACCCGAAGAACAAGGUGCUGACCCCAGAAGUUGUGAAUACCCAGACGGGCGCUUAUCUGCACAGGUUCCAGUGGCUUGAUGAUCAAGAAAUUGGGGAAGUGCCCUUUGCGUGGAACUUCCUGGAGGGCCAUAACAAGGCUGUGGAAGGUGACGCUUCCACCCUCCCCAAGGCCAUACAUUAUACCAGGGGAGGGCCGUGGUUCGAUGCGUGGAAGAAUUGCGAGUUUGCAGACCUGUGGUUGGAUGAGAUGGAGGAGUACAUGCAGGACACCAAGAAAUCAAGUGGGAACUGAGUAGAUUGAUUCGUCAGAUUUUGGGUGAGAAUUUCUCAUUCGCCCGCCAUGCUUUAGGUAACAUUAUGCUUAGUAUACAUAAUAACAAUGUUCGUGCUUCAUUCUUUUAUGUUUGAAUUAUGUUUAGUAGUUGUAGAUCUACGAAAGAUUUGUGUUUGUUGUUUAUUCAUCUGGAAUUUCAUAGGGGAGAGAGAAAUCCUGCUGCUAUGAAAUGGGCUAGGGAAGCAGCUAUUCAAUAGGCUGUUUUAUUUUUCAUCUGUUCAUUAAUUACCUUGUGAAUGUUACUAUUUGUCUAUUUUUCUCUCCCAGUGUUUGUGAUAUCGUACCGGACAAUUGUAGCAGUGACCAAAUCGAUAUAGUUUUAUCAUGAUAUUAUUAUAUAUUGGUCCAGUUGUUUUCCC